AUGUCAACAACAGAGAACACAACAACUGCUAUCGUUCAUGAAGCUAUAAAUGAAGAAUAUGAGUACAUACAGUAUAACAAACAACUCCGUCUCAUUCGUUCGGUCAAAGACGAUAUGUACCAAAUGCAAAGUAUUUUGACAGCAUGUUUUGCUCCAGAUACUAAGAAACCACAAGACUGGUUUAGGAACCAAAGCACACAAGAACUUUUGAGCGAAGCACAGCGAGACCGACUUUUUUCUGGGUCGCCAAAACUCUAUGAAAAUCGUGAAAAAUUGCCAAACGGUUUGAGAGGAUAUUAUGUACAUAGACUUCUUGUAAAUGCUGUUGCAAUGUGGGCUUCGCCUCGUUAUGCUUGGUAUAUUUACAGACUUCUUGACGAAAUUCAUAGACAAGAACGUGAAGAGAUGGAAAACAAGCUUGAAGCAAAAGACAAAAGCAUUCAGAAAAGAAUACCACGUUCGGUACCAAAAGGAAAGGAAAAGAACUAUAAGUAUAUGAUUUAUACUGAAGAGAUGGAAAAUGAAGA